GAACUGAUGAUGAUCUUCCCAAUUACCGCAUCAUUCGGAAUUCUAGGGGCGUUCUUUUGUCAGGACCUAUGAGGAUCCCUUCUGGACCAAUAUCUCAUCAGACAGAUCUAGCAGACAUGGAAGUUCAAAUUCACUGCAUAGAAACUGAGGCAUAUGAUGCUGUUUUAAGAGCCUUUAAUGCUCAGUCUGACGUUCUUUCAUGGGGCAAGGAAGGACUCAUAACAGAUCUCAGGAAAGAACUCAGGGUUUCUGAUGCUGAGCACAGAGAAAUUCUGGCGAAAAUCAAUUCAGAUGAUUCAAUCAAGUCCAUAAGGGAAUGGCAUAAGAAUACUGAUGCUGAAAUGACAGCAGUGAAUCUU